AUUCAAGCGAAACCGGAAGUUGUUGUCUGUGAAUCCUCUUGCCUCGGUAGUGAUGACACACAUCAGCAGCACCAGCUUCUUCCAGAAGUUUCCUCGCACGGUUUUUAGCUCGGCGGCAGCAUACAGACGGUCCUGUAUGAACACGUUGUUGUAUAAUGGGCAUUUGGAGCUAAGUGACAUUUUUUCCGCUCAUCUCAGUCGUCCACAGACUGUGACAAGUGAGCGAAGCUAACCUUGAUCGUCAGCUAGCCAGCUAUUGUCCGCAGCAGUGUGACAGCUGCGGCGGCGGCGGCGGAGCCCGUUCACCGGCCCACGGACACGGACACGGGAUAUACACUGGAUGUGUUGUUGGCACUGAUCCGAGACUGACGCGUCUGUGCUGACAAUGUUUUUAUGAAGUAGAUACAAGACAUUGCUAUUAUUAUUAUUAUUGACAUGGGUAAAGAUUACUACAAAGUGCUAGGAAUAGCCAAAGGUGCGUCCGAAGAUGAGAUAAAAAAGGCGUACAGAAAACAGGCCCUACGCUAUCAUCCCGACAAAAACAAGUCUCCCGGAGCAGAAGAUAAAUUCAAGGAGAUUGCUGAAGCCUAUGAUGUCCUCAGUGAUGCCAAGAAAAAGGACAUUUACGAUCGCUUUGGAGAAGAAGGAUUAAAGGGUUCAGCCGGUGGUGGUGGUGGUGGUGGAGGCGGAGGACACAGCGGUCAAAGCUACAACUACACCUUCCAUGGAGACCCUCAUGCUAUGUUCGCCGAGUUCUUUGGUGGCCGCAGCCCUUUCGAUCAUUUCUUCUCACAAAACGGGGAGGAUGACAUGGACAUCAACGACCCCUUUGCGCCAUUCGGCAUGGGGAGAAUGGGCGGCAUGGAUGGCUUUCACAGGUCUUUUAAAUCGCACCCAGGAGGCCCUCGGAGAGCGCACGAGAAGAAGAAGGACCCGCCCGUAAUGCACGAGCUGAAGGUGAGCUUGGAGGAGGUCUUCUCGGGCUGCACCAAAAAGAUGAAGAUUUCCCGCAAGAGACUGAACCCGGACGGCUGCACCAUGCGCAAUGAAGACAAGAUUUUAACAGUCGACAUCAAGCGCGGCUGGAAGGAGGGGACGAAAAUCACCUUUCCCAAAGAGGGAGACGAAACUCCCAGCAACAUUCCUGCAGAUGUGGUGUUUGUAGUUAAAGAUAAACCCCACCCGGUGUUCAGAAGAGAGGGCUCGGAUAUCAUCUAUCCUGCAAAAAUAUCACUCAGAGAAGCGUUGUGUGGAUGCACAGUCAACGCCCCGACACUAGACGGCCGGACCAUCACUGUGACCUCCAGAGACGUUGUCAAACCGGGAAUGAAAAAGCGAAUUGCCGGAGAAGGGCUACCUCUAUCCAAGUGCCCCGAGAAGAGGGGCGACAUGAUCCUGGACUUCACUGUAAAGUUUCCUGAAAAACUGGGCCAAAGCACACGUGAUGCACUCAAGCAGAUCCUUCCACCAUGAUAGCAGUUUUCACCGCAAAGUCUAACAAGUUAACAUUUCCAGCGACACACUCUCCUGUGCAUUUUCGCCUGGACGAUUGAUGCUCAGGGCAGAUUCAGUUCCAGCUUAGUUUAAUUUCACCAUCUGAGCAUUAAAUGCGUUUUCUUACCCAGCAAUUAGUCAGAUAAUGAGUGUCUUAAGACUUGGAGACUGAACAGCUGACUAUGAUUUGUGUGUGCAUUCAGCGGAGGUUGAGUAACGGUGUUUAUUAACAGUCUGCUUCAAGGAGGAAAGUAAAUAGUGGAACGUAAAUAGUGUGUAUAUAAUAUUAAUAAUGCAAGGAGACAGGUUAUGGUUUGGCUGCAAAAAGGAGAAAGGAGAGUUUUUUUACGUUCACUUGAAAAUGUAAUAUAGUAAAUAAGGAUUUGUUUUCACAGCAGCAGUGUUAGGAGUGCUUUAAGGGAGCACGCAGCAAGCUAAUUAACAAUACCUCAGGUGCAGUGAUGCAUGCUAAAUGUAGCUUUAACUGCAUUACUCAACAGGACAUGAUUUUUGUUUGAUGCUUAGAUACAGUGUGGAUCCAGAGAGGUGAAAACAUUGGGUCUGGUCUUUAGUAUCAGGACCAAUAGCAAUUUUAUGAAGUGGAUCAGUAUGAGCCAGAUGUAACAGAUCAGUGUUAAAUAACACUUUCUUUGUCUCCGUCAGUGUUUCAGUUCAUCUACACUCAUAUUCACAAUGGGCUGCCAGUUUUUAGGGCCACAAUCUCUUUUACUGACUGAUGAAUUUAAUUAAAAUUUGCACAAGCCUAAAAAUAAUAAUUAUGUAUGGAUGUCUGCAGUUGUAAUUAAGAAUAGAUAUGAAGUUACAUAUAGAUAUUAUAUAUAAGAAUUAUUCAUCCGAGUUACAGAUUUUAAGCUUGGGGAAGAGAGAGCACUGAUAAGUACUCAUUAGAAGGGCUGCAACAAUGACUUUCUCUAUUCAUAUUUUGGUCUAUAAAAUGUCAGAAAAUAGUCAAAAAUGUCCAUCCCAGUUUUUCAAAGUCCAAGGUGAUGUCUUUAAAUGUAUUGUUUUGUCACUACAAAACCUCUAAAAUGUAAUUUAAAAUGAUAUAAACAAGAGAAAUGCAAGAAAUCUCCAUGUCUGCAUUUCUUCGCUAUAUUUGCAUGGAAAAUUACUUUAACAAAUCAUCAAUUAUUAAAAGAAGUCUGCAAAAAUACAUUUUCUGUUGAUCAACUAAUCAGUUAGUCGACUAAUUGUUGCAGCUCUUAUUGUCAGAUUCCUAAGUUGUAUUAAAUUGCUAUCGGGAGGGAAUUCUGAGCAAACCUUGCAAAAUGUUUACUUUUACAACACCUUGUUCAUCUGGGAGUUCACAGCUUAUUACUUAUGUAAAAUAUCUGUGGAAAGACUUUUUGUGCCAAAUAAUUGUCCCUGUGUAAUUAUUGUGUGCGUGUGUGUGUGUGUUUGUGUACAAGUAUGUUGAGAGCAUGUGUGUAUCCUAUUGUGUGUGACUGACAAAUACUAAAAGUUAUUUACUGCAUUCGUACCAUUUGAGGAUGCUUAACGUACAGUAUGUAUGAUAUUCCAGUUCCUUAUGACUCUGUUUGACUCUUAAAGCCUGUGAGUUUUUUCUUACUUUUUUCUUUAAGCCAAUAUCAGUCUGGUCCUGGCUAAAUAUUGAGAUUCGGAUGAUAAAAUAAGUUUAAUACCCCGAUUUAAAGGCCUAUAGAUUAUUUUUGUUUGAUUUUUCUGUCUUGUAUCAUGCCUUCUCUUGACCUCAUAUUCACCCCUUUGCACCUUUUGACUGUAGUGACGAUGGAAGUUAGUAAAUCAGUUGGUUCAUUCAUUUUCACAUUUUGAGUAUUUUUUUUAGUGUUGACUGCUCCUGUUGGAGUUUUAAGUUUCUAACAUGUGGUUUAACAUGAAAGUAGAGAUGUGUAAUCUCUGUAAUGUCUAACUUUUUUUUGUUUUAAAAAAGGAUAUUUGUUUGAAAACAUUUUUCCUU